AUGACUGACCUACAGAACAUUAGCCUUGAGGAGCAGAAUGUCGAGGAGGCUAUCGCUUCUUUGAAGAACUGGUCAUAUUUACUGAGAUAUGGGCGCAUGGGGAAGCCAAGGUUCUGCCCCUUUCGAAUUUCUGAUGAUGAAACAACCCUAAUGUGGUGUAUUAAAAGGGAGGAGAAACAGCUUCCAUUGAGUCAGGUUCACAAGUUUAUGCCUGGACAACAAACGGCAGCAUUCCAAAGAUACCCUCAACCUGAGAAGGAAAAUCAAUCAUUUUCCCUUCUGUAUAACAACUACUCCCUGGAUGUGAUAUGCAAAGAUAAAGGUGAAGCUGAAACUUGGCUUAUUGCCCUUCAAACCCUAAUUUCAAGAAAUAGUGAUCAGAUAUCGAAAAAUACAGUUAAAGCUGAUAGUAUAUCUUCAGAUGGAUCAACCUCCCUUUCUCAAAGGAAUAGCAGCAGCGACAUAUUUGAGGAUUCAGGGAGAAAUGAAACAUUUACGUUUCCAAUCAACAGAGCAUUCUCAGAUGCAAUACUAUGUACUGAAUCUGUAAAACCUUUCCCACAAAAACAAAAUAUUCCCAAAUCAUACACCUCACAAUCUUCCACAAUUCACGGACCACGUCUCGAUGACGUGGAAUCUCUACACGAUGUAUUCAUUUGGGGUGAAGGAACAGGGGACGGGUUGUUAGGUGGUGGCAUGAACGGAAUCGGAAUGACCAAAAUGGAUUCACUUUUACCAAAGGCUUUAAAGCGAAGUGUCGCUUUCGAUGCCCGAAAAGUUUCAUGUGGAAGUAAACACGCGGUGUUAGUCACCAAACAAGGGGAAGUUUACAGUUGGGGAGAGGGUUCCGGUGGUCGACUCGGCCACGGAAUGGAAUCCGAUAUUCCAACCCCAAAGCUCAUCGAUGACCUCAGCAGAUCAAACGUCGAAAUGGUAGCAUGUGGUGAAAAUCACACUUGUGCUUUGACACAAUCCGGUGAUCUUUACACGUGGGGUGAAAUCGGUGACGAGGCCGGAAUCGGAAUCGGAAUCAGUCAUUGGAUUCCAAGAAAAGUAGGAGGUCAGAUCGAGAGUAUGAAUGUAAAAUUUAUCUCUUGUGGGCCAUGGCAUUCUGCAGCUGUUACAUCAGCAGGUCUUUUAUUCACAUUUGGUGAUGGAAGUUUCGGUGCGUUAGGACACGGGGAUAACACUAGCAUAUAUUAUCCUAAACCGGUUGAAUCUCUAAAAGGACUAAAAACCAUUAGAGUCUCAUGUGGUGUUUGGCAUACAGCCGCCAUUGUAGAAGUUGACAGCUCAUCUUCUAGAAAGCUUUUCGCAUGGGGAAACGGGGACAACGGUCAACUCGGUCACGAAGACCGGGACCCACGGUUUCUCCCCUCGCGUGUAGUUUUGCUGGACAAUAAAAACUUUUGUCAAGUCGCAUGUGGUCAUAGUAUGACCAUAGCUUUGACCAACUCAGGACACGUGUACACAAUUGGGACAUACGGUGUUCAUCCAGUUAAAGGUAAACUUACAGACAACUACGUACAGGAAAUCUCAUGUGGGUCCCACCAUAUUGCGAUUUUAACUUCAAAAUCCGAGGUUUACACGUGGGGGAAGGGAACAAAAGGGCAGUUAGGGCACGGGGACAAUAAAGAUAGGGAGACGCCUACUUUAGUUGAAGCUUUGAGUGAAAGGAGAGUGAAAAGUGUGGUAUGUGGAUCGAAUGUGACAGUUGCGAUUUGUUUACGUAAAGAAGUGCGUACUUCUGAACUUCCGAUGUGUUCAGCUUGUAAUGCGGUGUUUAAUUUUAAAAGAAAGCGACACAAUUGUUAUAACUGUGGGCUUGUGUUUUGUAAAGCGUGUAGUAGUAAAAAAUCGCUAAGGGCAUCGUUAGCUCCAAAUGCGGAUAAGUAUUAUCGUGUGUGUGAAGAUUGUUAUAGUUGUCUUCAUAAAGAGGAAACAAAUGGGAAAACGACAUCAAGUUAUCUACCUCCCAAAAGUAGGAAUAGUAAUAACGAACGUAAUCACAAGCUUUGGGAUCUUAAAUCACAAGGCUUACUUUCACGGAUUUCGGCUUUUGAUUCAUUUAGACGCGUUGGUAGCCAGUUAGUGAAACCAGAAAGCUCACAGGAGUCGAGUAAUAAUUAUGUGGUUUCUCCAUUAAAUUCAUCUCCAUCUUUAUUUGAAAACCCAACGUUUGGUACUUCUCAAUCUCAAGCAGCAUCUCCUGUGAGAUCGAGUUUUAGUUACUCCAAUUCGAUUUCUUCUGCUAUUGCUUCUCUUGCGUUUCCCGAAACAAAAGGAGAUGAUUCCAAGAGAAAGGAGGAGAAUCUUAUGAAAGAAAUUUCAAUACUAAGAGAACAGGUGGAGUAUCUAACACAAAAGGCUCAGAUUGUAGAAGCUGAUCUCAAAAAAACAUCAAUACAGUUAAAAGAAGCAACCAAACAAGUUAAAGAUGAAGAAGAGAAAAACAAAACUGCAAAUGUAGAAAUAACAUCUCUCACCACACAGGUGGAGAAUUUGACCACAAGGAUAGGUCAGGGAUGCUGUUGGAGAUGCAGAGUGUCAGGAAAACCUUGUAUCCAAAGGCAAUUGAGCCUUUAAGGUAUUUGCAUACCUUUAUUUUCAGUUCUGAUUCUGAUUAUCAACUAAGAGAAAUAUGUGAAGAUUUCAUUUCAUUUAAAUUGUAUCAAUUUAAAUAAACAAGAUUGUACAUACAAAUACAAGUUCCAUGUCCUUUUUGUGGUGAAAAAUGGCCAGGUCAUGUGAUAACUUAAUUUUACAAUGUGAAUGAAAUGAUACAACAGUUUGGUUUGGUUUGGUUUUGUUUUGUUUUGUUUAUCCAGCUGGUGAUUAUUUACUGAUUGGAAGUGGCAGAUAGGAUUUGUUGAGCUUCCGCAAGUGCAGAGUCUUCAUCUGCAGCAUAGAGCACCUUUUUAACUGCCACAACCAUCUGAAUAUUUUCCAAUUCCGGUCCCUGACAAAGUAUCUCAAUAUCCCGUAACUUUGCAAAGUAGUAAUCCCGUUCUUUCUCCAAAAGAUCCACAGAUAUCUU